GCCACGCUUCCCUUCUCUCUCUCUCUCUCUCUCCCUCUCUCCAUCCAAAUGGUUAUCAUGGAGUCUCUUACCAUGGUCCUCUCCUCUUGUCCACUCGACCUCAAAACCCAGAAUCCGGUCAUCUCUAAACCCAUAUCUACUCGUCCAAACUCUACUCCCACCCUCAUUUUCAGUUCUCAUCAAACCAAACUCACCUCCACCUUUAAAUUACCUUUCCAAAACUGUCCUAUCCUUAUCCAAGCCUCUCCCUUGUUUCAAAAUCUAACGAAGAGUCGACUCUCUUUCACUCUAUUCAACCUUCUCACUUCUCUUCCUUGCUUUGCUUCUGAAGCUGUUGUCACCUCCCCGGACCAAGUCUCGGACAAAAUCAACCUGGAGUCGGUCUUACUUGCCAUCGAUGAUUUUUUCAACAGAAACCCAUUUUUUGUUGCUGGGUGUACAUUCAUUUGGUUGGUUGUCAUACCUCUAACUGAGGAGUACUUGAGAAAAUACAAAUUCAUCUCUGCCAUUGAUGCGUUUAGAAAACUCCGGGACGACCCCAAUGCGCAGCUCUUGGAUAUUAGGAAAAAGAAGAGUUUGAAGUACUUGAAGUCUCCAAAUUUGAAGAUUCUUAAUAAGGACGUGCUGCAGGUUCAGUAUCAUGAGGGAGAUGAAGAUGAGUUUGUGAAGAAGGUCUUGGAAAGCUUUGGGGACCCCGCAAGUACUGUGGUCUGUGUUCUCGACAAUUUUGAUGGUAAUGCCAUGAAAGUGGCCGAAUUAUUAUUCAAGAAUGGUUUCAAAGAGGCAUAUGCAAUCAGGGGCGGGGUCAGAGGUGAAAAGGGGGGGUUGGCAAUACAGGAUUCUCUUUUGCCACCGUCUGUGCAUAUCUAUCGCAAGAAGAAAGUUAAAAAUUCUCAACAACUUCGGAUGAAUGGAGGAGUUAUUCAGCAAACUGAAGAUAGGAAUGAUGCUACCUCUUCCGAUAAUCUCUCUCUUGGAGAAAAAUGGAAAAUUGAUGAUCAUCUAAACAAGUCAACAGAAUCAAUACCAGACAUCAAAAGUGGUUCUUGAUUACCUCUCCCUACAUUAAUUACCAGAGCCUGACUAAAAUCACCAUUUUCGGUCUCCUUUAGAGCCUCAAAAGCGAUGCUGUAUGUCUCAAGUGGCAACCCCCUGUUGGGUCGAAGGUCGUUUUAUUUUUUGAGGCAACCCAUGCUGGGCGAAGUGCAAGCGGAAACAUUCUUAAAACUCCAAAGAUGUAACCAUAUGGUUUAAUUUUCUUUGAAAAAUUAGAACAACUUUUCACCAAUUAACUGCAAAGAAAAGAGUCUUUCUUCACUUUCCUUUUUCUUCCAUAAAUUUUUAUGCGUUUGCAAAGGAACUCUCUGAAUUUUUAAAGAACCUGUCGUUUCAAUGUAUCUAUGCUUUAAUGGGAUUACUGGAGGAGGCCUAUUCGGCUAAAUUGUUGGUCCAAAUAUAUUUUCUCUUGGGGGUCCAUUUGAUGA